AUGAUAAUAAUUCAACUAUCUACAACUCGAUUCUCAAAUAUUUACCUUGAUUUUGCAGUUGCUGAAAGCAUACGACUGAAUCCAGGUCCUAACGUCGAAGUUGGGUUUACGAACUACUUACAAGGGAAAAUGCUUGGGGAACAAACUUUAAUUUACACAUCAACACUACAAGAUAUAAUGGAACUGAGAGGUUUAAACAGUACGUGCAAUUCCGCGGUAAACAAUUUGCAUAUUGCUGUGAAGCAUCUGGAUGAACUGAUGGAAAAAAUGAAAACCAGACUGCAUUCACCAAUUGAGAAUAUCAACUUCAUCAAUGCCAUGAAUGCAGCAAAAUCAGCGACAAACAAUUUAUUGAUCGAUUUGCAGCAAUUAAAGCUUGAAUUGGUUGUCGAUCAAAUAUAA